UUAUAAAAGAAAAAAACUUACAAUUGCUCCCAAUAUUUGCAUGACAAACAUGGAAGCAAACCAAUAAGGCUUAUUCCUGCCCUCAAUAUCCAGUCCCCACUUCAGUGGUGUCACUUAGCAAACGUGACACUGUAUAAAGAGGACUUGUGUGAACUGCUCCUUCAUUCCACUUGCCAGCAGAAGGGAUUCAAGUUUUUAGGAGAGUGUAGCACCUGAUCCUAACUCGUGUCAAAGGAAGGUGAAGUCCCAGGUAUCACAACCACCACAGAUUGUGUCUUUCAGCUGGCCUGAGCAAAUAUGUUGUUUUACUCACCCUACAUCCUCACAGCAGUAGCUGCUUUGCUGGUGACUUGCCAUGGGCUGCAGCCAGGCAGUUUUGACCUGUCUGGUAGUUUUGGAAUGGCUGCUGGUCUGAAAGGACAUUUAGGUCUACCAAGUUUCCUAAAACCUUUUAGAAGAGAUCAUCCUGUGCCAGGAGUUGAAAAGGGAAAAAAGGAAGAAAAGAAGAUACUGGAGCAGGGUGUGAAAAAACCUGAUGCUUGUCAGUCUGCUAUUCAGGACACUGAACCUCCCAAGGUUUUAGUCAGUCUGGAAGACCGACUUCACAAACUUGAACAUGUGCUUGUUUUCAGUGGGAAAAUGAGAAAAGUAGGAGAGAAACUAUUUGCCAGCAAUGGGAAGCGAGCUGAUGUUGGGUCUGCACUGGGGCUCUGUGAAGAGGCUGGAGGAACUCUCCCAACUCCCAUGAACGAAGAGGAGAACAAAGCAAUUUUAGCUAUUGUGCAGCAGUAUAACCAAUAUGCUUACUUGGGCAUUAAAGAGAGUGAGGCUCCAGGUCAAUUUAAGUAUCUAAAUGGCAUGUCUGUGAAUUACACCAUGUGGCACCGUUAUGAGCCCAAUGGCAAAGGGACAGAAAAAUGUGUCCAGAUGUCCACUGAUGGGAGCUGGUAUGACAUAAAAUGCAACCUGAAUCUCCUUGUAGUCUGUGAAUUUUAAAGAAUGGCUUUUCAAGCACCUUGGAAUAUGGAGGCAAUGAAAUCUGCUUACAUAAUUUCUGCAAUUAUUCUAUAUAAAAUAUGAAAUUAAUCAUAUGGUGUUUUUUAUGCUUAAGAAAAUGCCAAAUGUGGUAGGUGAUUAACCUAAUUAAAAUGAGCCUAAUCUGAAGUCCUUAUCUCUUUUGGAGGAUUGGGAAUAGCUGAGAUUUUGUGGCAGGCUGUCUCUAUGCAGUGUGCCUCUGUAAAUAUUAGAGUAAAAUCCCAAAGUCUGACUCGGGAUAUUGGAAAAGUCAGAAGUUAAAAUUACCCCUGGCUUUGUAGUAGAAGCAUUUCCAAGUACCUAAUAGUUUCUGACACAAAGGAGAGGUAGAGAGGUUGGCUUCACUGGAACAGUUAUAAUCUCAAGUUCUGUACAUCUAUCUCUGAAUCAUAGGGCUUGAAUUUUGACAUAUUGAAGCAAACAUUGAUUCAUUCAGCAUCCAUACCAGUUACAACUCAUUUUCUUAGUUUCAGAAGCUAUAGUCUAUAAAACACUAAGAUAAACAUUGCAUUAAAUACAUGUGACCGUAGAAAUAUGUAUAAAAUAAUAAAGAUUGCAUUCUGUUGCUAAGACAUGACAUUCUCUUAUAAAACUGUGACCAUUGCAGUAUUAGCAGGCCACCUCUCUACUCACUAAAUAACUACAUGCUAUGGAGGGGGAGUAGGUAAGACUGGAAGUUCAGACACAAGCUAUUUCUCUGCUGUCAUGAUUCAAAUCUGCUAGGAUCAAGAAGCAAAAUUUUUGAUCAAGAUCAAAAUUUUCCUUCCACAAAAUCUUUUCCCCACUUCUCAGUGUGAGUAGCUGGGGAGCAGGGGGAGCUCAAUAAAGAACCACAAGUAAGAAAUUCUGACACAAUUACCUAGCAGUGAGGAAGUUCUGGGCUUAUCCUUUAUAAUUUUCA